AUGACCAAAUCUCUCUCCCACCACCCUCCCCGACAAGAUGGCUUGAGAAGAAUCCUGCCGUCUUUCUUUACGACCUUUUUGGUAUAUCAAGCCAUUGUUGUACUGCAGACUAGAUCAGACCCGGAGAUACUCCAGGUCUACGAAACCUUGUCGCAGUUCCGGGAGCGCGGGCAGCUGUUUGUCGAGCUCUUCCCACCCUUGUCGUAUCUCUUUGUGCAUCUCACCGAGUACACACAUAUGCUCAUAAGACUCGCCUGCUCCAUGGUAGCAACGCUAGCGGUAGUCUCAGCGCUAGGUGUCUUUGACGACUUCUCAUCACUUUUGGGCGCGACGUGCGGCACGUUAGCAUCGUCAGCGGUACAUUAUGACCGCAUCCAAAAUGAUGAGUUUGCUGCAUUGGAUACCGCUUCAUUUCUGUCUCGUACGGUUACGAUCAUUCUCGUGGAAAUGUGCAUCAGAACUCGUGCAAGGAAGUCUUUGAUACUGGUAAGAGACUUGGGUGCAAUUCAACUUAUCGCUGCCUUGUCCUGGGCACUCGGUGGUAGUACUGCCGGCAUGGUAAUCGUACUGGGCUUGCUAUAUUUCAUUGAGAUCAUGGAAGCUAUCGCCAAUUUGUCAGACCGCUCAAAGUCGGGUUCCUUCUUGAUCAUAGGAAUGGUUUUUACCCACUUGCGUUUUCUGGUUAUCAUCCCCAUGACUCUAUUUGCCGUAGUCGGCACGGUCUUCCCGUGGUCUGAGACAUCGACCGGAGGCAACUACAACCUCCAUUACCUGCCUGCGGCUAGUAGACGAGAACUGCGCCAAGACAUGUCUAGGGUCUUUUCAGAGACCACACCACAGGGCCCUGGCCUCCGAUAUCACGUGCCCUUCACCAUUUACCUUCCCUCUGCGGGGUUUCUUAGGACCGACGAUCUGGUGUGGGACUCGUAUUAUCAAGGCUUUGAUUUGGAUAGCAACGUGGCUUCGCGGAACGCAGAGUCUUCGAGGGAGACACCAGAAGACAAUCUUUACCGAACGAUACUCCAGGACGGCAUCGGCCGUAUUAACCCGUGGGUAAUGACAGAUCCCACCAAGGAUGAGGAUCUCGUGGAUAAAUAUUACGUCCAUGAAAACAACGUGGUGCGGCUUAUUGAUGCACAGAAGGGCAAAUACCUUAUUGUCGAGCCUCGGAAGGCUACCUUGGACCGACAAUAUCAUACCUACGGACUUAGUGCAGAUGAAGACAAUUUCGUGCGCCUGCAGGUCAUAACGUCUGAAUACGCAGGUGCAUCAGCAGACUGGCAAGUCCGGUAUACCGAUACAAGUCUGACCGGAUUCCGUCUCUGGAAUGAGAAGGGGAAAUGCUUCCUAUCCACCUCGUACCGCACGUUCCCGGACUACGACGGCAGUCACACCCAAGAUGCAGUGCUACACCAGCUGCGCCUUGAGCUCGAGGCUGUUUGCAGCAGCAACCCCAAGCCCGCGGUCUCUACAUUCUAUGUCAUUGAUGGCCUACAGCACCGGCUGCCUGGCUUCACGGUGUGCCCGCACUGGAUGAAUAAGGUGGUCUAUAACUCUAUCCUGCAUGCUAUGCAAACUUUAUCAAGGGGUGCAACGAUUCUCGGCGCCAUGUGGGAGCUACGGGCAUUCCGUACGCACUAUGCCAGCCUGCAGGAUACCCCGGCGUGUCUAACAGCUCGGAGCAGUGCUUACAGGUGGUUCAAGGUCCUCUACAGGCCGAGCCGGGGGAUUCACAGUCGGUUGGUUGAGUUGCAACUAUUGCCAGAAGCUUUACAUCAUUGGCUGAAGGGCCAACCACCGUCUUACUGGGACGAUGUGGGCUGUACCCAACAGAAUCCCUCGUCACGGGAAAACCUAAGGGAGCGAACCCCGCAAUUGGAGCAGUUAUGGCAGCCAGAAAAGAAAAAGAAGCAACAGCGCAACCUGCAGGUGGAACAACAGGUUGUAUCGUCGCUGGGAGACUUGCCGAAAGCUUGGGAGCGCGACUUCAAGCAUGCCUCCAGCAAGCCACUAGCUAUCAUUGCGAGGAUCGGUGGCUAUCCGGGAGAUCCAGCCAAACUGGCACCCACCCUGCAUUCCUACUCGUGCGGUCACGUGCAUAUUAUGGGCUCCUUGACGGGUGAUGCACUCGAUUUCGAGACGGGACUUUUCACGGACCCGCUUGGCCUCAAUGUCGAGAUGCAGAAGUGGCUAUACAAGAAGCAGUGCGAGAUUCGCUCUACAGAGAAGCCUGAAGGGCUCAACGGCCUCCUUUCAGCCGACGUUCCCGACAUAGAGUACUCGGCAGAGGACGAGGCGGUGUUGGAGACCUGGCUGUGCAAGAUUGUUGGUCUCAGUUGGCAUCCGCUUGGAUCCUGUAAGAUGGCACGUCGCGGAAAGAUGGGCGUCGUGGACGCCAGCUCGAGUGUCUAUGGAACGGAGCGUCUCAAGCUCAUGGAUCUGAGUAUCGUUCCUGGUGCCGCGUCUGGGAAUACUAUGAAUACAGCCUGUGUUAUUGGAGAGAAGGCGGUGGAUAUGGUCUUACACGAAUUGGGUGUCGUUUGA